AUAAAUGGAAGAAAAAAAGCCACAGGCAGAGAAUACAGAAGGUUCAUCCUCUGACUACUUUGAAAAGUCAAUUGCGGAACAUGAUCAGAAGACGUUUACACAUUUUGACUAUCCGUUCCAGGAAGAGGAGGACACUGAUCGCUCAAAUAGAUUCAGUAAAUUAGGAAAACCCUUCAGAUUCAUAUUUCCGGAUAAAUAUCCACUAUCUUGGUUCGGUUUCCACCUGCUUCUCAUCGGAACUUUCUUUUUUUUCAACUGUAAUACUCCAGACAAAGAAAACAUUAAUAUGGUUCUGGGCAGUGAACAUGCUCUUGGAGGACUCGUUUCUAUGAUUUUUAUCUUCUCAGCUAACGCUAUAAUACACAUCGCAUUCAUGUUUCUCAGGUUUCUUUAUACUUUCUUUAUCUGCUUUAUCCAUAAUUUGACUAAUAAUGAGCACAGAUAUUUGUUGGUUAAUUGUAUACUGGACAGAUUGUGCUCAAGAAAUCCGUUAUCAUUUGCGCUAUUGAACAUGCUCGAUCCAACUCUUUUCUAUACUAUUUUUGCCUCAUUCCAGUCAAUGCUGUGGCAAGUUCUCAUAUACAGAGACCCCAAUAAUGAUAGUCUAUACUAUAUUAAUGCUUUUAAAAACACUGAAUUCGGAGAUAUCUUCGUUUUCGACAAAUCUUCAAUGGUUUGGAUUUCUUACGGAGUUUACCUUUACGUCAUUCUCUCCAUAAGAUGUUUACUGUUAUCUGUUAUAACGUUUUUGUUCGAGUUGGGCUUUUUAAUGAGUUCUAACGACUCCAUGAAGAAGUAUUUGGAUCUCUACACUAGGAUUAGGAGGUUUAACAUACUAUGGAUAUCGUAUUCUCUAACAAAGCCUAACCUUAUGGACCUGAUAGAGUCUUUAAAUAAGUACUCUAGGUUUGAAGAGAUGGGAGAUUUCACUAGAAAGAAACGUAACGAGAAAUUGGAAAAUGUGUUCAAAGACAGAGCACUUGAAGUUCUAAAGGAUCAUAACAUGACUUCCGGGCAUUUUCAAAAAACAGCCAGAUCACUAGACUUGCCAACUCACGUGACUGAAUCUCUGAUCAACAGUUCUAGCAAUUCAAGGUUAAAGAAUUGGAUGUUAGCUUACUACGUCACAAAGACUUCCCCUUGCAUUUCACUUCUUCACCAGGAUGUUGUUCUUAAGAACGAGAACAUGAUCAAUAAGGUUUCUGAGGUUCUUUUUGACCAGAUUUACGCAACCACAAAUGACUACAAGGAUGAAGAUAAGAUGGAUAGUGAGACCAUGGAUAUCAACUACACUGCCUUGGUGAAUUCUGAUUCAUGCCCUGCCAGGGAUGAUCCAAAGAAAAAAGUUGACAUUAACAUAACUAACAUUGAGGAGAUACCUGCUGCCAUUAUAAACACCGCCAUAGACCUGACUGCAAACACUGCUAAGGAGGUCAAGGACACAGCUAAGGAAAUGAUGGGCUUAAAGGAAGAAGCCCCUGGUCUUACCAGAAAUGAACUCAAGGAACGAAUCUCUCAAGAAAUUAAAAAAAGGAAAUCCUCAACUGAACCACCACAGGAAGAGGAAUUGAGGCCUUCUGGAAGUGAGGUCAUAAACAUUGGAACUCCAACGUCAAUGGUUGAACAACCCAAGCGAAGGUCGACUUUCGCUUCUAAAUUCUUUACCAAAGAAUUUAAGGGGUUCAAGAAGAAGGAAAGAACUACAAGUGUUUCAUCUGAAGGCGUAACUCAAAUCUACGACUUGAGGUGUGUUCGGGAAACUCUUUUAAGUGAGGACUUGAACAUUCAAGACGUUCUAAACUUCAGAAGUCCUGAAAUCGUUGACCCUAAGUCUUCCUACGAUCACACCAAAACCCGCAUCAAGUACAAAUAUGACAGGACCGACCUCUUCAUUAGCAGGGAACGACUUGCUCUUUUCAUUCCUGAGGAGGAUCUAGACAAGACUAUAAGUCUCAUAGACAUCUCUGGUCACGGUAGGAUCAAUUUUAACAUCAUUAAACAAGCUCUCACUAACUUGUUCUCAUCAAGGAAAAAGUUCAAACGAAAUCUAAAAGGACAGCAAAGUGUGUUUAGAGUUGUGAAACGUUUAAUGUCAGCAUUUUCAUGGGCAGUGUCGUUUGUAAUACUGUCUUUUAUGGCUGGAGUUAAGGUUGAGGCAAUUGUUGUAUCUGCCGCAGCGUUCCUGUCAGCUCUAACUGUAGCUCUGAGUUACAUGUACACCAACUUUAUAACUUCCGUAAUUUUUGUGGCCUUUUCAAACCCUUACAACGUGGGAGACAGGGUCAGGUUAGAUAACGGAGAACCUCUGAUUGUUAAGAAGAUCAGGACAUACACAACUGAGUUCGUGUCAAUCCACGGAAAGAUUUUAAUUUAUCAAAACUCGCUCCUCUCGACCAUGAAAAUAACAAAUGAGAGCAGGUCUGAGACUGCAACACUUGAAAUUAUAUUCAAGAUAGACGACAUGACCCCCGACGCGACAAUCCAAAAGUUCAACAAGAUCAUCAACACAGCCAUAAACUGCAGACCAAACGACUUUGUGAAGGACAGCGCAGGUCUCUUCGGGUACCACUUUAACCCAGGCCACUGCUACGAAGUUGCACUCUGGCUCACCUGCAUCGAGAGUUGGGGAAACUGGCAACGAAUAUAUCAACUCAGGACUGAAGUUCUACAGUUAAUUGUUAGAGUGUGUAAAGAGCUUGGGAUUGGUUACAUACUUCCAACGCAGCCUCUACACUUCAAAGAUUCGCUGGAAAUCGCCUCCUUCAAAUAA